UGUUGGAGACCACACGUAAAUGGCAAAUGAAGCUUACAAAUAUGAAAUGUCUUUAUGAACUUGAAAUGGAGACAUUGAAUUAUUAUACAGCAUUAUCCACUGUGUGUGAAAUAAUGCUACCCGGCGAAAAUUAUGAUUUGGACAAAUAUUACGACCGUAAGAUUCAGCAGUUAAACGGGAUGCUGCGCAAAAUUCUUAACGUAGAUAUGUUGUGCGCACUUAUCGAGGAUAUUUUCCAACUGAUAUUUCUGCGCUGGGAGCAUUUAAGAAAGUCUUCUAAUGCAUGUUUCUCUACAUAUCGUGCAAAUCGUAGCCACUCUGCAUACUCAAGCGACACUAGCAAUACGGCUGAAGCUGCCAUGGAAACACAUACAGCAUCGAUCCGUUCAACAUCAGUUUCCGCUGCCAGCGGCCGUCAUGGUUUUAUUUGUUGUGGGAGUGCACUACGUGUUAUAUUUGGUUUUCUGCGAAAUUUUAUAACGAAAAAAAUACAUUCAGAAGAUUACAAGCUUGCCUCAGAACGGGUACAAAUUCGCUUUCAACGAAUCGUUGAUGUAAUCACUGAGGCAUUAUGGAAAUAUUCUGUAUUGGAAAAAUUUGACAAAUCCUUUACAUUGGCAAAUAUACAGCAGAAGUACAGACUAGAGCCCGAAGAAUUGCUGCAACUGGUGCAUGUGCAUGAAGAUGCCGUAGAAAAAUCCUCCAGCGAUGAUGACAGUCGUGACCGCAGCAAUUAUGCUAGUUUGUCACGGCGCAAAGCAGCAAGAAAGAAACGACGCGCCACAAUUAGUGGUGCGGCCGGGAUGGCACGUCCUUCAUUUCAAGUGUGUGAACAGAAUCCGAGCAAUGUAAAUAUAAUGAUUAGUAGUGUCACUACAGCAGAAGACGCUGAGCGCAAUCCAGUGGAUGAACUGAAGUCUCGUCGCGACUUUAAUCGCUUAAACGAAAGGAGUAUUAUACCGCAGAUGCUCGGCUCACCAGAGAAUUUAGCAAUAAUGGCAUUGUCUUUGAAAAACUUCAACGAUGUUAAAUUUAUCAUUGAGACUUUUCACCUACAAAACACCGCUCUUAACCAUGAACUGANGAAUGCAUAU